AUGGACACGUCAAUGUCCACCCAAGAGCUGCAGCUCUGUGAGCACUUGAGAGAGCUGCCCAGGCAGCAUGGCUACCGCUACGAGGAGGUCGCCUGUCGCGAUCUCCUGUACAACCUCUUCUGGUCCAUGGCCGGAGGAAAGCCCGAAUAUAUGCGACUGCUCUUCCCCGACGGACGGCUCACACCAAAGGGCACACUCCAAUUGAGGGAAGCCCAGGGAGCUUUGGAUGGCGCCGAGUACACCGAAGCCGCACGGGGCAAGGCAUGUGGUCACAUCUUCCGCGUCGGCGAGGCUUCGUACGCCUGCAGGACCUGCAGCACAGAUGACACCUGCGUUCUUUGCAGCAAGUGCUUCGAUGCCACAGACCAUGCGGGACACAUGGUGAAGAUCAGCAUUUCGCCAGGAAACAGUGGCUGUUGCGAUUGCGGGGAUCCCGAAGCCUGGAAAACACCCAUAUUCUGUACCAUCCACAGCGAACGCGACCAAGAUCAUAAAGGCAAGGGCAAGGAGGCCGCCGGAAUCCCCGACGACCUCGCCGCCAACAUCCGCAUGACUGUCUCCCGAGCCCUCGAUUUCAUUUGUGAUGUCAUCUCCUGCGCCCCCGAGCAGCUGCGACAGCCCAAAACAAAAGCUUCCAUCGAACAGGGUGAGAAAAUGUCUCGCCUGGGCUCAACGUACAACGGAGGGGAUCUCGAUUCUCCCGAAGAGUAUGCUCUGCUACUGUGGAACGACGAGAAGCAUACCGUCAACGAAGUACAAGACCAAGUUGCCCGCGCCUGCAGCACAACUCUCGAGGAGGGAUACAACAGGGCAGUCGAGACGGAUUCUAUCGGUCGCAGCAUAUUGAAAUAUGACACGAGUAUUGACCGGCUGUUAAGAUGCGCCACCAUUCUCGAACAGAUCAAAAUCACCGUCACCAUUCGCUCAUCACGGGACAUUUUCCGAGAACAAAUGUGCGGGUCCAUGAUCGAGUGGUUGAAUGACAUCGCUGGUUGCUCAGUUGGCAGUGACCACAACAUUCUCAGGGAGGUUGUCUGUGAGGAACUCUUGAAACCCUGGCGAAAGGGUAGCCCAGGGACACACGCUGUCCCGGGCAAGGAUGGCCUGGAGGAUGAAGCGAAAAUCGAUUAUGACCCAAUCGUAGCCCGAACCCAAACUAUCUUCAUACAGCGAGCUCGAAUCCUUGCCGAGACCGGAGCUACAGCAACUCUCGCUGAUUUCCUAGACUCCGAUGGUGAUGAUGAGGAUGAGGAUGAGGAGGACGACGAUGACGAUAUGGAGUUUGGUAAUCAGACCCCUUCGAGCGAAGAAGACAAUGAUGAAGAUGACGCCGUGGACGAAGAUGACGUGGUAAUGGUAGAUGCUCAGCCAGAAGCUACCGAGGAUGUAAAUCACGUACCUGACUGGAUUGGACCGACCGUCGCGUCUCUCGAGGAGGAGGAAGCGACAAUGGCAGGAUAUCCGCCGCCUCCUCCCCCUCCCCCGGUACCUAGGCGUGCCACCCGGGAUAGGGAUAGGGAUCUUACGCCCUCAGACUCAGACACUGCGGAGCCCCUGAUAGCACCAACCGUCUAUGCGAAGACUAAUCUGGAGAUUCCGAAGACGCCCGGGCAGGCCAAGUCAGAGAAGACAACCCCUCCCAAGCCAGGGCGGUACUGGGUUGAAACACCAGCCAACUACAUGGAACGCGAUAUUUCACAUCCAUUCGAAGACGUAUUUCAGCGCGUUCGUCUGGACUGGUUAGUCUUGUUUGAUCUAAGAAUGUGGAAGAAGGUCCGCAAUGACUUGCGUUCUCUCUAUAUCUCGACCGUGGUCACCAUCCCUGAAUUCAAACGGAUUCUGGGACUUCGUUUCGCCGCCUUGUACACGACUUUGGCGCAACUCUAUCUCAUUGGGGACCGGGAACCUGACCAUUCCAUUAUAAACAUCUCUCUGCAGAUGUUGACCACACCCUCCAUCACUGCGGAAGUUGUUGAAAGGGGGAAUUUUCUCACUACCCUGAUGGCUAUUCUGUACACCUUCCUCACCACCAGACAAGUUGGUCAUCCUUGGGAGGUCGCUUCAAAUGCUGUUCUUGGGUUUGAUCAAGGUUCGGUUACCAACAGACGCAUGUAUCAUUUCUACAUGGACUUGAAGUAUCUGCUUGGUUCACCUCACGUGCAAGAGCGGAUGAGAUCUGAGGAGCGGUACCUGCUGCAGUUUCUUGAUCUGGUCAAACUACACCAAGGCAUAUGCCCAAACACUCGCGCAGUUGGGGAGCACGUGGAGUAUGAGACCGACAGCUGGAUUGGAGCCUCCCUGAUGACCCGGGAAAUCAAUAGACUUUGCCGGCUGUUGUCGGGCUCUUUUUGGCAUCUGCCCGAGCAAGACUCACUUUACCUGUCAAGGGCCAUCCGAAUGACGGCCAAGCUUGUUAUCGUCAACUCCCUCGGAGCCGAGCGAGGCAGAUUCACCCAGUCUGAGAUCAAAGAUGAAGUACGGUUCAAGACGCUUAGCGACUUUGAAUUUGCUGGAUCGUCUACCAAGUACGACGUCGUUAGAUUUGUCGUGGAGGAACAGCCAAUUAGCUUCCAUCAUGCACUGCACUAUACCCUUUCGUGGCUGAUCGAGUGCGGUAAGCACAUGUCGACCCAGCAACUCAGGUCAAUGUUGAGUUUCACCGCACAAGAGCUCAAAAUGAAGCCGAGAUCCAUGGGUCGCAAGGUGAUGCCAAGACGAGAUCAUACCUCUGAAGACUACCUUAUGGCUGCAUUCGACUACCCUCUUCGAGUGUGCACGUGGCUUGCGCAAAUCAAGGCCGGCAUGUGGGUGCGCAACGGGAUCAGUCUGCGCCACCAGGCUGGGACUUACCGUAACAUCCUCCAUCGAGAUGUGACUCAUGCACGCGAUAUCUUCAUGCUACAGACUGCAAUGGUAGUUUGUGAUCCCAGUCGCGUUCUGGCAUCCAUCGUCGAUCGGUUCGGCAUGGAACGAUGGGUGAAGGGGCUCUUUGAGAUAAAGUCGACCGCCCAAGACGAAACUCAGCAUGUUGAUGUCGUCGAGGACAUGAUCCAUCUCUUGAUUAUCUUGUUGAGUGAUCGUACCUGCCUGAUACCCACUGAUAAUGAGGAUCAGACGCAGCUCAUGGCACUGCAGCGGGAUAUCACUCACGUCCUGUGCUUCCGGCCACUAUCCUUCAAUGAGAUAUCCAACAAGCUGCCAGAGAAGCACACGGAACAGGAAGAAUUCAACCAGGUCCUAGAUGAGGCGGCCACCUUCAAAUCUCCUGAGGGUGUUUCCGAUGUGGGCACUUUUGAGCUCAAGCCGCACCUCAUCGAGGACAUCGAUCCAUAUAUCGCCCAUUACAAUAAAAACCAGCGAGAGGAAUCGGAGGCCGCCUACCGUAAAUGGAUGGCCAAGAAGACCGGAAAGUCCGCCGAGGAAAUCAUCUUUGAGCCCCAACUCCGCCCAAUCCAGUCUGGUGCCUUCGUGGGGCUGGCAGAUUUCACUGCCACUGGCAUGUUUGGGCAGAUCAUCUACUACGCUCUGCUGUAUCCUCUUGUAGCUCCCAAGUACACCACCAAGGUCCCUUUCACUAGAGUAGAGACUUUCCUGCAAGUCGUUCUGCACCUCAUUCUCAUCGCCAUUUCCGAAGACAAAGCAGACGAGAAGAAUCUGCCUGAAACGAGUUCUUUCGUUUACAUUGCCUUGACGACGCACGCACGUAGCAGCAUGAUGACGGAAGCUCCAGCCGCAAGGACUAUCGUAUCUCUCCUGGACAUCAUGUAUACCAGAGAGGAGUUCAAGGCGUGCCAUCCCAAGAUAGCAUUGAUCUUGAAGAGGAUGAGGCAAAAGUACCCGCAACACUUCGACACGGCCUACCUACAGUUAGGAAUACCCAUCGACCGUAUCGACACAGCAUCUCCAGCAAGCACUCAUAAUGUGGAGGAAGAGCGUGAGCGAAAGAAGAAGGCUGCUAUGGAUCGCCAAGCGAAAGUCAUGGCACAGUUUCAGCAACAACAGAAGAGCUUUCUGGAGAUGCAGGGCGACUUUGACUGGGGUGAAGAAGAGUUGGAUGACUUGCAAGAUACGAAACCGAUGGAGGAGCAAAAGAACUAUUGGAAAUAUCCAAAGGGAACAUGCAUUCUAUGCCAGGAGGAUACCGAUGACGGACGGCUGUACGGAACCUUUGCUCUUUUCACCGAAAGCAUGAUUCUACGGCAGACCGAUCUUCAAGAUCCCGAUUUCGUUAGAGAGGCUGCCAACACGCCGGUAAACUUGGAUCGUUCAGCUGAAGAGAUCCGGCCGUUCGGCCUCGCCCACGAAAAUAGAAAGGUGGUUGAGAAGGUUAAUUCGCAGGGAGAGACGUUCCUUGCGGAGAGACAGGGAGUAGGAAAAGGAUUCCCCGCCCGACUGUCUCGGACAGGGCCCAUAUCUGUUGGUUGUGGCCAUAUUAUGCACUUCAGCUGCUUCGACAUGUAUAUGGAGGCAACCGUUCGUAGGCAUGGGCACCAGAUCGCGCGUCACCACCCGGAGAACUUGGACCGAUUGGAAUUCGUCUGUCCGCUUUGCAAAGCCCUUGGCAAUGCAUUCUUGCCCAUCACCUGGGAUGGCAAGGAAGAGUCCUACCCUGGCAUCUUGCAGAGUGGUACCGACUUCACGUCGUUCGUCGAUACACAACUGAACGAGCUUCAGUACACUGCAGGCGCACGCGGGUCACACAACCAGGCACAAUCUGCAUAUCACAAUUACUUGCGGACAAGAAUGCCGGACAGCCUGCAUGAUAAGCCUGCUGCAGGCCAAUCCGCUAUGGAAAAUGUAUGGGAACGUGGCACUCCACGCUCGGCAUCUUCAGGUACACCAUUCAGUGAGACAUUUUCUGCCAUCGCUACUCCCGGGUCGAGUGUCCGAUCUCGUUCCCCGCCAGCGCCGCCGGAGUCACAAUCAAGUGACCAGGAACUGCUGAUGAUAUACCGGCGCUUGCGAGAUACACUCCGCAAGAAUGAACUCACUGCGAAUCCUGUAGGUGAAGGCAAGGACGACGAGCUACAUGGAAGCGACACAUUGGCCCGCUCGGUAGGCUACUCAAUCUCUGCAGCUGAAAUUCAGCAACGGGGUGUCGGAGCCCAGUACGGGAUGACUCUGAUUGAAAAGAUUCCAGAGCAGAUAUUGAUCCAGCUCCGUAUCUUGUCAGAGACGGUAUCGUCAUAUAUAUCGAUUGGGGGCGUCAAAGAUGGCGGAGGGAACCGCAUCGACGCUGAGUUUCGUCGGGAUAGUGAACGCCAACACUGCCAACUCUUCAUAUCACGAUAUCUGGAAGAGCCGGAGCCGAGUACGGGUCGACAGCGGGCCCACGAAUAUCGGCCGUUACUGGAUGAAGACCCUUUCAUGUUCCUAUGCGAGACUAUGUUCGGCAUGUCCGUCGCACAGAACAUGGGCCCGAUGCAUCUAAUUCGGCUCUGCUAUCUUGCUGAGAUAGUCAAGGUAGUGCAUCAUGUAUCCCGAAACCUUCCCGUUUCGAAAUGGCUCGAGAACAUGCACAAUCGAAACGCCGAAGACCUUGCAAUGAACAACUUUGCGGACUUCUUUCACUACAUCACGAUGAACGGCAUGAACAUGAGCCAUGAAGUACUCGAGACUUCCAACGAUUUGCCAAACCUCGGCUUCGACCAGCCAGCCCUAGAUGGUCUAGCGAAUCUGCACUCAUUUGUCAAGAAGUAUGCGCUCGUAUUCCUUCGAAAGACAGCAAUACUUCUACAUGUCCAUCAUGGCGUGGACUUCAACAGUUACAUUUCUGCAGUUCCCGAGGCCGAUGAGCUCACGCGUCUCACGGCCGCCCUCCGACUGCCGUCAUUUGACGAGAUGUGUACGGCAAUAACUUCUCUCAGUAGCCAGUAUGGCUGGCCUACGCGGACUGUAGCCAUCGUUGAUGGCUGGCUCCGCCAUCAGAUCACUUGGACAAGUGGCCAUCGUAGCACGGACGUUAGCGACACCCUGCCCAUCUCUGCACGUGUUAGCCAUCCUGGUAUCUUCGAACUGGUUGGAUUGCCCAAGAAUUUCGACACUCUUAUUGAGGAAUGUGCCAGACGCCGAUGUCCCAAGACGGGCAAGGAUCUAGCUGAUGCUGUCGUCUGUCUUAUGUGUGGUGACAUCUUCUGCGGCCAGAGUAUGUGCUGUCUCAUGGAGUAUCAGGAGCCGGGCCCAGACAAGCCUGUGAUCCGGAUCGGGGGCGCACAGCAGCACAUGCGGUUCAAAUGUCAGGGCAACGUUGGACUAUUCAUCAACAUCCGCAAGUGCGCCCUCUUCUACCUACACCGAGCGUCAGGCAGCUUCAGCAACGCGCCUUACAUCGACAAGUACGGCGAGGUGGACAUAGGGCUGCGCCAUGGUCGACAGCUGUACCUGAACCAGAGGCGCUACGACUCGAUGGUGCGUAACAUGUGGCUGAGUCACGGCAUCCCGAGCUUCAUUAGCCGAAAGCUGGAAGCGGACAUCAACAACGGUGGCUGGGAGACAAUCUGA